AUGUGCAUCAGUCGCUGUUGCGUAGCGGUGCUCCAACAACUUUUGGUCAAUUUUGCAAAUUAUAUUGGGCUCCCGAAGGCGCCGAGGGACAAAACUAGUAAUACAAAGGAUGUGCAUCGCCCAAUAGGUAUAACAAAAAAUUCUCUUCGUCGCGCAGCUGGUCGACGAAAAAUUAGUGACUCAGAGUUGCGAACACUGUCAUCAGAAGAAGGACGAACAAUAAAUGCAUGCCAUCUGACUUAUGUUUCAAGCAAUUCAAUGGAUAUCUUGCGACCGAUUGAUUUUUUGUUACCAAAGGCUUCUCUAAUUCUUGAGGUGCCCUUGUUGUGGAGGAGGAACUGCUUUGUUGGUUCCUCAGGUCGCUUUUCCCCACAACAAUAAUA